AUGGAAGCAAAAGAGACCGAACGUGCUGGCUUCCUGCUAGAUGCGCAGAAAAAGGCCAUUCUCCUCUUUGAGGAAAUCGAGCGCAGUCUCAUCCGCCCCGGCGUGAGCGAAAAGAUCCUGAGCAAAGAAAUCCACCAAUUAGGCAAUGAGCGAUUCGGCGUGCGAACCCAUUGGCACAAACGAGUCGUUCGAAGUGGACCCAACACUCUGAGUCCCUUCGCCGAGAACCCUCCGGACAGAAUUAUCGAGGCGGAUGAUAUCCUAGUCAUCGACCUGGGCCCCGUUUUCGAAGAAUGGGAAGCCGACUUUGGUCGCACAUUCGUCCUUGGAAACGACCCACACAAGAAGAAGCUUCGCGAUACGCUCGAACCUGUAUGGAAUGCUGUCAAAUUGAAGUACCGGCGGGAUCUGUAUAUGACAGGAGCACAGCUGUACGACAUCGCUUGUAACGUUGCCGAAGAGAACGGGUUUCAAUUUGGCGCUCACAUGGCCGGACAUAUUGUUGGACACUUCCCUCAUGAGCGGAUCCCCAAGGAUCAGACUACAUUGUACAUCACCACUGGAAAUGAUGAUUCAAUGAACUAUGUUGCAGCCGAUGGGUUCAAACGCCAGUGGAUUUUAGAGGUUCAUCUGCGCGAUCCCGUCCGAAAGUUUGGAGGUUUCUAUGAGCAGCUAUUGACGAUCGGCUAA